GGCCCUAGAGCCCUCAUUCGUAGUCUGUAAACCGUCCCAACCAGAACAUUGGUUAAAAUAGAAAAUCAAAAAAAAUAAAAAAAAUCCCCAAAUCUAUAAUUAACCAGCAAAAUUACCAGUCAUAGCUAUUGAGCCAAAUUCUCAGCAGAAGAAAAUUUUCAAACCCUUUCGGAGUUCUACGAAUUUUCCCAGUUAGAAGACAAUGAAUUUUUGCUCGGUACCGUACGAGGCGGACUACGGCAUGUAUGCCGAUGGAAAGAUGAAGAACAUGUCCCAGUACCCGACCAUGACGAUGAACCCGGGCCAGGGCCAGGCCGUGCAGCCCCUCAACCCGCCCUCGAUGAACCUGCAGAUGUCCGGAAUGGCGUCGCCGCAGCAGAUGCCCUCCUACCCGAUGGCGGGCAUGCCUGGCAUGCCGCUGGGCAUGACGCCCAUGUCCACGAUGUCCCAGCUGCCGAUCGGGGCGGUCACUCCGCUGAGCAGCAUGACGAUGAUGCCCAUGAACCUGGGCAACCCGAUGGGCUCCAUCGAUGCCCCGGGCAUGAACGCAGUCAUUCCGGACCUGCAGCCCAUGUCCUCCAUGGGCCAGAUGAACCAGAUGGGCCAGAUGGGCAACCAGGUGGCCCAGAUGGGCAACCAGAUGGCGCAGAUGAGCCAGCCGAUGCAGCACAUGCAGCAGUACCCCAGCUCCGGAUCCAUGAACCAGAUGCACCACGGCCGCCUGACCGGCGGGGCCAGUCCGAUGGGCUCUGCUCCCACGUCGCCAUCCCAGGGCAACUGGAACCAGGGCGGCAUGUCCGCCUCCAGCCCCCAGAUGAUGUCCAAUGGCGGCAUGUGGCAGUACGGCCAUUACAUGCAGCAGCCCCAGCAGUCGCAGCAGUAUGGCCAGCAGGGGGCACACCACCACCAUAACCAGCAACAGCAACACCAGCAGCCCCAGCAGGUGCAGCACCAAUCCCCCCAUAUGCAGCACCAGCAGCCGCAGAGCCCGCGGAUGAAGAGCUACGAAAUGGCCUCCAACCACAUGAGCUUCCAGCGCGAGUUGAGGAACGGACUGAAUUCGCCCUCCAUGAACGAUUCCAAGUAUAGUAAGGGCAAUCAUUCAUUUAAUUGUGGAAAAUCCGUCAGCAAGGUCCCCCAUUGGCGUUGAUGACCUUUGAACCUUCAAGCUCAUCACUUUGGUUAAUUUUAUCUGAUUUUUCUCCAAAAUUCCAUGAUUUUGGAUUAUUGGUGUACCACACUUGCCACAAACCCCCAAAGACACUCGGACGCACACUCACACUUCCACACAUUACAGUUUUUAGACUUCCCCUACGCAAGCAUACACCCACACGCACAACACACACCCUCACCCAAGACGAGGACACUGGACACUGGAAAAAAUUACACAUUCACUUUAUUUUUUGUGGAAUAAAUGGUUUUGUUUUGGCGAAAAGGAA